AUGGCGAUGUUGAAUGGUGAUGGGUCACACCCAUCAUCAUUGGUGGGUGUAGAAUCUGGAACGGGCCAUAAGUUGGGUGAUCCGCUAGACCAGAACGAUGCCGAGUCUAUGACGCAGAAAAAGAAUGAGGAUCCGGCGGCUGAUCUGGAUCGCACUUGGGACUCGGAUCAGGAUUACGACGAAUGCGUGUAUUACCCCGAAGGCAGCGAUCUCUACGCCGAAGAUGUCGACGGACAACUAGCGGUACUGCCCAAAGUCCCAAUAACGACGGAAGAUGUGAGGAUCGAGGAUAUCCAAUUACGCCGGAAAAAUCUACCGACUCCGUCAGCGGAUCUGGAAGAUCCGACAUCUCCUGAUCGGCAAGGGAAAUGCGGAUCUCGGCUGAUCGCGCUUAAGUGCCGUAAGCUGCGGAUCCAGUUCCGAGAGAAGUUGGCAGAGCUGAUCAAGGGUCUCCUGUCAGCGAAGAUGAUUAACCACUCAAGAUCGCCAUUGGCAUCCCCGAUCGUCGUGAUCAUUAAGAAGAACGGUGUGAAUAUAAAAUUGUGUAUUGAUUAUCGGUUGAUUAACAGGAUUAACAGUCUGACGCAGCUGAUGGCUUACCCGAUGCCGUUGAUCAACGAUCUACUGGAGGAUCUGAAGUCUACACUAUGGUAUUGCUCACUGAAUAUGACGAGUGGUUUUUGGGUGGUGAAGAUGACGGAUCGGGCCCGCCUGACCUCGGUCUUUAUCACCCCAUUUGGACUGGUCGAGUGGAAUCGGAUGCCUUUUGGGCUGAAGAAUGCUCCGCAGAUCUACCAGCGGAUGAUCGACAAUGCCCGGUAUGGGUUCACUCGGAUCCCGAAAAUGGCAGGUGAUCUGGAACGUCUAGAUGUAUUCGAAGCUGGAGAACCUGAAGAUCCGGGUAAGCCAUCGGUGUUAGGACGCAGAUCCUAUAUCGACGUCAUCGUAGUGCCAGCAGAUAAUUGGGGUCAGCUAUGCGACCGAGUUGAAGAUCUGCUGGAGGCGUGCGACAAAUGGAACAUGUCGAUCAGCGUUGUCAAGAGUUUCUGGGGCAUACCCAAGAUGGAAUAUCUCGGUCACAAUGUAUCGCCCAAUGGACUGGAGGUGAAUCCGAAGGAUCUGUCGACGUUGACGGAUCUCAAGUUUCCCGGAUCCCUGCCUGCCAUCCUGAACUAUUACAUUCGCUUCAUCGAAGAUUACGCGAUUUACGCGUCUGUGCUGUAUGAGUUGAGGGAGAUCGACUAUGCUGCGAUGGAGAAGGGCAUGAAUCAAGGCUGGAUCCAUCUAGCACUAGCAUCGGAAUCCCCGGAUUCAUUCAUAUUGACUAAGGAUCCGACGAGUCCGCAAUCGUCGGAUACUGAUCUGCGGGGUCCGGAUCCCGAACUUAGCACGCAAGAUCCGAACCUAGUGACACGGGAUCCGAUGCCUGACUGCGUGAAGGUGUCGAAUUCCGAGAAGGACAUUUUUACUGAUCUGGAUACCUGGUGGAUUCAUGCUCACAGAUCCGUCAAGGUGCUAAAGGAGAAGAUCGCGAAGACGCUGAUCCUGAGGCACUUCGAUCCGGUUCGACAGGCUGUGGUGGUUGUGUAUGCCAGUGAUUGGGCGAUCUCCGGUGCACUGAUGCAGGAGUAUGAUCAGAUCUACUAUCCAGUGAUGUUUGCGAGCCUCCAACGAAUUAAACUACGGGAUUCCGGAGAAAGAAGUUUAGCAUUGUUGCGGAUCCUGGAUCUCAACUAUAAUACUUUAGUUGGGAGGCCGAUCCGAGUGCUGACGCGACAUUCUACACUAACUUCGUUAUUGAGAUCCAAUGCAUUACCAGAUCGCCUGGGACAGUGGGCCGCGUUGGUUUCACCCUCGAUCCUCGAGAUCGUCAAGUGUAGCAAGGGCGAGGAUGAGAUCCUGGGCACAUUAGCAGCCAGUAUCACUCCCAGAUCCAAAGUCGACAAAGCGCUGAUCUCAAUCGCCCCGAAGAAGGAGCCGAGAUGCAAGAGAGGAUCUGUAUGUCGCCUGAUUCGCCGGAUCCGCCAGCGUCAAGCGAGGUGGAGGCACCUACAGAGUGAUCCUGUGGAAAUUACCUCAGUGGACUCUGGUGAAGACCAGAUCCGACUAUGCCGAAGGUUUAACUGUCAAUAA